GGAAAUGAACAGAACCCGGCAGGAAAUGAGUGCAGGUAGAACAGGGGGUUGGGGGGGAGCUGCAGCCUUAUCUUGGAGGAGCACUGGGGAGGGAAGGGCAGUGAUGGAGAAGCCCGCCAUAACGUCCAGAAGACUGUACCUGCCAGUGAAACCAAACCACCUUUCAAACUUUCCACUGGGGCCAUCUUGCAGAUGGAGCCAGGAGCUCAAGUCUCUGCCUGGUGGGGGUGGGAGCAGAGGUGAGAAAAGCCGCAGGAGACAUGCUGUUUGGAGCUUAAAAGCUGUCCAGAUGCACUCUGACUUAGUGGAAGGAUAGAAUUGGGAGUCCCAAGACCUGAUUUAACAUUCUGAUCUUGCUAAUUAUCUAUGUGACUUUGAGCAGGUUGCUAAACCCUCCAGAGACUCAUUUUAUCUCUAACAUCAGAGAAACAAUAGCUGCCUGUUGAAGAGUGGUCAUGAGGAUGAUGUGAGGAAAUGUGUGUUGCAAAGUCUAAAGCCCAGAACAAAUGUGAAGGAUAUUUGCCUAUCAGUCUACCUCCACUUAAUCACAGCGUCUAACCUGGAAGAGGAGUCAAACACAUCUCCCUCCCGGCCAGCUGAAGCACAGAACCUUCCCUGCCCAUCCCAUGCUGUUAACUUGGCUUGCCCUCUAUCUCCAGCAUCUCCAAGACCACAGCUUUUUUUUUUUUUUUUUUUUUUCCCCUGGUGGAAAGGAGCUGGGAAAUGUGGCUUUGGCCAGUGGGGGAGAAGGGGCCUUUAUGCGUACCAGCAAAGACCCGAUUGUUACUGAAUCCAAACUGGGCUGCUUUUCCCAAUUAUCUCCACUACUCUUCUGGUCUCCAUUUUCAGAUGCCAAGUUUUAACUCAGAACAAAAGCUCCUGUCGGGACUGAUUUAUAAUCCAGAUCUGCUGACGGGGCUCUACACUGUUCCUCUCCUCUAGGACUGCUCUCGCUUAAAGUUACCACCAAAGCCCCGGGGCUCCAGUCUCUCUACCUCUGUCAUUUGCCCCUAGCCAAGAGGAGGCAUCUGUGACUGGGUGCCGAUGGGGCGGCUUCCCUGGGGUUUGUCCACCUGCCCAGCUCCGAGGACCAGCUGGCAAGGUCCACUCCAGCACCGCCCAGGGAAGGAGGCCAGAGCCACAAGUGACUUCUAGGAGCUGCUGUGGGCGGGGGCAGGCGCUUCUAGAGGUGGGAGUUCUCCAGCUCGGCUUCCCCUCAGCCGCUUUCAUCUGAACAGGAGAGCUCAAGCUCCUGUCACUUGUUGUCCAGCCUUCCGGUGGCAUCAGGAGGAGUCAUUUCUUGGGGGCAGGCUCUGUGCAACAGGAGUCUCCCGGAGGAUCGUCUUCACCGGGAGCUGGGCCGGCGCGCCGCUGUCCCUCGGUGUGGAGCAUGAAAACCGAGGGGCAGCCUCCCCGGAGAUAAGUGGGUCUUCCUGGCUGCAGGGCGGCUGGCCUGGAGCUUAGAGCCGAGGCUUUUGCCAUGGCCCCACACUGGGCUGUCUGGCUGCUGGCAGUGGGGCUGUGGGGCCUGGGCAUCGGGGCUGAGAUGUGGUGGAACCUGGUGCCCCGGAAGACCGUAUCUUCUGGGGAGUUGGCCACAGUAGUACGGCGGUUCUCCCAAUCGGGCACCCAGGACUUCCUGACGUUGACCCUAACUGAGCAGACAGGGCUUCUCUACGUGGGGGCCCGGGAAGCCCUGUUUGUCUUCAGCGUGGAGGCUCUGGAGCUGCAAGGAGCGAUCUCCUGGGAGGCACCAGCUGAGAAGAAGGCCGAGUGCAUCCAGAAAGGGAAGAGUAACCAGACGGAGUGUUUCAACUUCAUCCGCUUCCUGCAGCCCUACAACACUUCCCACCUGUAUGUCUGCGGCACCUACGCCUUCCAGCCCAAGUGCACCUACAUCGACAUGCUCACCUUCACUUUGGAGCGUGGAGAGUUUGAAGAUGGGAAGGGAAAAUGUCCCUAUGACCCAGCUAAGGGCCACACUGGCCUCCUUGUGGACGGUGAGCUGUAUUCGGCCACGCUCAACAACUUCCUAGGUACAGAGCCCGUUAUCCUGCGUAACAUGGGGCCUCACCACUCCAUGAAGACGGAAUACCUGGCCUUCUGGCUCAAUGAACCGCAUUUUGUUGGCUCUGCCUACAUACCGGAGAGUGUGGGCAGCUUCACGGGGGACGAUGACAAGGUCUACUUCUUCUUCAGCGAGCGAGCGGUGGAGUAUGACUGCUACGCCGAACAGGUGGUGGCUCGGGUAGCCCGGGUCUGCAAGGGAGACAUGGGGGGUGCACGGACCCUGCAGAGGAAGUGGACCACGUUCCUGAAGGCGAGGCUGGUGUGCUCUGCCCCCGACUGGCAGCUCUACUUCAACCAACUGCAGGCACUGCACACGCUGCAGGAGGCCUCUUGGCACAACACCACCUUCUUCGGGGUUUUUCGGGCCCGGUGGGGCGAUGUGGACAUGUCAGCAGUCUGUGAGUACCAGCUGGAAGAGAUCCAGAGGGUAUUCGAGGGUCCCUACAAGGAGUACCGUGAGCAAGCCCAGAAGUGGGGCCGCUAUACUGACCCUGUACCCAGCCCGCGGCCAGGCUCGUGCAUCAACAACUGGCACCGGCGCCAUGGCUACACCAGCUCUCUGGAGCUGCCUGAUAACACCCUCAACUUCAUCAAGAAGCACCCACUGAUGGAGGAACAGGUAGGGCCUCGCUGGAACCGGCCUCUGCUUGUGAAGAAGGACACCAACUUCACUCACCUGGUGGCUGACCGGGUUACGGGGCUUGAUGGAGCCACCUAUACAGUGCUGUUCAUUGGCACAGGAGGCGGCUGGCUACUCAAGGCUGUGAGCCUGGGGUCCUGGGUGCACCUGAUUGAGGAGCUGCAGGUGUUUGACCAGGAGCCUGUGGAAAGCUUGGUUCUAUCCCGGAGCAAGAAGCUGCUCUUUGCAGGCUCCCGCUCUCAACUGGUUCAGCUGCCCCUGGCCGACUGCGUGAAGUACCGCUCCUGUGCUGACUGUGUCCUCGCUCGGGACCCCUACUGUGCCUGGAGUGUCAACGCCAGCCGAUGUAUAGCCGUGGGUGGCCACUCUGGGUCCUUGCUGAUCCAGCACGUGGCAGUCUCAGACACCUCAGGCAUUUGUAAUCUCCGUGGCAAUAAAAAAGUCAGGCUCACACCCAAAAACAUCACCGUGGUGGCAGGCACAGACCUGGUGCUGCCCUGCCGCCUCUCCUCCAACUUGGCUCAUGCCCGCUGGACCUUUGGGGGCCGAGACCUGCCUGCGGAACAGCCCGGCUCCUUCCUCUAUGACGCCCGCCUGCAGGCCCUGGUCGUGAUGGCUGCCCAGCCCCGCCAUGCCGGGGCCUAUCACUGCUUUUCGGAGGAGCAGGGGGCGAGGCUGGCUGCUGAAGGCUACCUGGUGGCUGUGGUGGCAGGCCCGUCGGUGACCCUGGAGGCUCGAGCGCCCUUGGAAAACCUGGGGCUGGUGUGGCUGGCCGUGGUGGCCCUGGGAGCCGUGUGCCUGGUCCUGCUGCUGCUUGUUUUGUCACUGCGCCGGCGGCUGCGGGAGGAGCUGGAGAAAGGCGCCAAGGCGGCAGAGAGGACCCUGGUGUACCCCCUGGAGCUGCCCAAGGAGCCCACCAGUCCCCCCUUCAGGCCCGGCCCGGAGACCGAUGAGAAACUCUGGGAUCCCGUGGGCUACUACUACUCGGACGGCUCCCUCAAGAUCGUGCCCGGACACGCACGCUGCCAGCCCGGGGGCGCGCCCCCCUCUCCACCUCCCGGCAUCCCCGGCCAGCCCCUGCCCUCGCCCACCCGGCUUCACCUGGGGGGUGGGCGGAACUCAAACGCCAACGGCUACGUGCGCUUACAACUGGGCGGGGAGGACCGCGGGGGGCUCGGGCACCCUCUGCCGGAGCUGGCCGACGAACUGAGGCGCAAGCUGCAGCAGCGCCAGCCGCUGCCAGACUCCAAUCCUGAGGAGUCCUCAGUAUGAGGGGCCCCCACCUCCUCGCAGGGGCAGCGCGGGAGGCGCGGCCUCUCCUUUUGCACAGGCACCAGCUACCUCAGGGACAUGGCGCGGGCACCGGGCUCGGCCUGGGACGGACCCUGCCCAGCACCUGCCCGGCCAUGGGGACCUGCUCUGCUCAGCACGGGCACUGCCACUUGGUGUGGCUCACCAGGGCACCGGCCUCACAGGAGGCAUCUUCCUCCUCUCUGUGAGCGGCUGUGAAUCAUGGACACACGGGACCCCAGCAGCCAAAACUUUUCAAGGCAGAAGUUGGAGAUGUGGGUGUGUGCACACGUGUGUGUGACUUAGUCUUCCUUUUUCUGUGCGUGUGCCUGUGUGUGUGUGUGUGUAUGUGAUAAGUCUUCCUUUUUCUGUCAGGUCUUCCCUUGGCCUGGGGUCCUCCUGGUGAGUCAUUGGAGCUAUGAAGGGGAAGGGGUUGUAUCACUUUGCCUCUCCUACCCCCACCUGUCCCCAGUGUGGGUCAGCGAUGUACAUAUGGGGGUGGGCUGGGCAGGGUGCUGUACCCCUUUGGGGGAGUCCAGGGCUCUGGAGUGGGCCUGGUCCUGCUCCUAGGGCUGUGAAUGUUUUCAGGGUUGGGGGGAGGGAGAUGGAUUCUCCUGUGUG